GACUGUUCGCCCUCGCUCACUAGCAUCCGCCGACAAGCGACCGACAGCAAGGGGCCAACACCACCGUUGUCGUCCAUCCACUAAUGGGCCGUUCGAACCACUGAGAAGCUCUUGUGCCAUCCAAACCUUCCACCACAAGCACCAGCAUUCCGAUCACAACCGAAGGUCCAGUUUACCCAUCAUUAUUUCAACUUGAAGUCAGAGAAGAUGGCAGCAAUUCCAUCAAGCGGCUCCCUCAUUGCCACCCAUGAUUACUACAGAAGGCGCAUCGGGUCCACGUCCAGCAGCAGCUCGUGUAGCAGCGCCGAGUUCUCGGGAGAGGUCAUCCCACACCACCCUGGACUUCCAAGACAAGAUUCUGGCCACUGGUGGACCUCCUUUUUCUUCGCGAAACCCGAAACCCAAAAAAACGGAAGCUACACAGUGGCCAACGGUCAGGUGACCUGCAUCGCCAGGGAAAUGCUUCUGAAGCGACAGCUCAGUGAAAACGGCGACAUGGGCAAGUCUGAGGCCUCAAGCCCGCCCCCGCCGGCCUCUUCCUCUUCCUCCUAGAGGCCCCUCAUCCUCAUCCCCACCCUCAUCUUCCUCUCGGGGCUUCCUCACUGCCAACUUGCCAUCAUGGCCCAGAUGGAGAUGGUGGCGGUGAAGAUGACUCACUUUUCAGUAUAUAGAUAGCCUUUUGUUUUUGCCUGUAUAAUUUUAUUUGUAUGACGACCAAAAAAAGUUUUUUCAUCUGUUACUUGUUACCAUUGCUGAUAAGAAAAAUAAAAAGACAAAAUUACA